AUUUCAUUUUCAUAAACCUUAUUCUUCAUUUGUGAGACCAUUCGCUCUCAUGCAUCACUUUCAUCAUUCAUCUUUCCUUUGCCCUUCCUGUCGCAUUCCCUCCUUCUCUUUGUUCCUUCCUUCAUUUCUCUCUGAAAGCAACCGCAACACAUUGAAUCACAUCCAUUUCGCUAUUCGUAAAAAAAAAAAGAAACGAGGAAGCGGUGCUACCCCAGGACGCUUGCAACUCUUAGGGCCCUUGGUUUCUAUUUUCAGGAGCGCAAUUCAGGAACGCGCGAGAUAUUUUUAGCCCAAUUGCACACAGCGACGAGGACAACUCGACACACUCAUUCAGUCAUGAUCAGCGCAUUCUUCAUCUACAACCAGAAGGGUGAGGUUCUCAUCUCUCGACUUUACCGCCAUGACCUCAAACGCUCCAUCGCAGACAUCUUCCGUAUCCAAGUGAUCUCGAACACGGACGUGCGCUCGCCAAUCAUCACCCUCGGCUCGACCUCGUUUUUCCAUGUCCGCCACGAGAACUUGUAUAUUGUGGCACUCACGAAAUGGAACGCGAAUGCGGCGUUGAUCUUUGAGUUCUGUUAUCGGGUCAUUAAUAUCGGGCGCUCGUACUUUGGAAAGUUGGAUGAGGAGGCCGUCAAGGCUAACUUUGUGGUCAUCUAUGAGUUACUCGAUGAGGUGCUGGACUUCGGAUACCCCCAGAACAGUGAAACGGACACGCUCAAGAUGUACAUCACGACCGAAUCUGUGAAAUCCGAGCGGGCGAUUAUGGAGGAUUCCGCACGGAUCACGAUCCAGGCGACGGGAGCAACGUCCUGGAGGCGAAGUGAUGUGAAGUACCGAAAGAACGAGGCCUUCAUCGAUGUGAUCGAGUCCGUGAAUCUGUUGCUGAGUGCCCAGGGAAAUGUACUGAGGGCCGAUGUGGCGGGACAGGUAAUGAUGAGGGCCUAUUUGUCGGGUACGCCCGAAUGUAAGUUCGGAUUGAAUGAUAAGGUCCUCUUGGAGAAGGAUCCCACGAACAGAAGGCGAACUUCGAAUACGGUCGAGAUUGACGACUGCCAGUUCCAUCAGUGUGUCAAGCUGGGCAGGUUUGACAGCGACCGGACUAUCAGCUUUAUACCCCCAGAUGGCGAGUUUGAGCUCAUGCGAUACCGCACGUCCGACAACAUCAAUCUGCCGUUCAAGGUCCACCCAGUGGUGGUUGAGAUUGGGAAAUCCAAAAUUGAAUACCGGAUCAUGAUCAAGGCUAACUUCUCGUCGAAGCUGAAUGCGAGCAACGUGGUGCUCAAUAUCCCGACACCGCUCAAUACCGCAGGCGUGACAUGCUCGGCCUCGGCGGGCAAAGCCAAAUAUGUCCCUGCAGAGAACUCCAUCGUCUGGAAGAUCCCACGAUUCCAAGGCCAGUCUGAAUACAUGCUGACGGCAGAGGCGGAUCUGACGGCGAUGACGCACAAGAAGACGUGGUCUCGACCACCGAUCUCGAUGGAUUUCCAUGUACUGAUGUUCACGUCCUCGGGUCUGCUGGUCCGGUUCUUGAAGGUGUUUGAGAAGAGUAAUUAUCAGUCUGUAAAGUGGGUCCGGUACAUGACCAAGGCGGGUAAUUAUCAGAUCAGAUUUUAAAGCUGUGCGCGCCAGGGCGAUGGACGAACAAGCGUUUCGUCUUUCUUCGUUCUCUAAUAACAAUAAAAACAUUAAUAAUAAUAACAAUAAAUAAAAUACGGCUAUGAUAGACAAAUGAA